CCUCCACCUUCUCCUCCUCUUCCUCCUCCUUCUCCUCCUCCUCCACCUUCUUCUCCUACUCUUUCCUCCUCCACCUUCUCCUCCACCUCCUCCUCCUCCUUCUCCUCCUCC